ACUUCCGGUGUCACGUGCUUUGUGCUAGCAGUGCUGCUAUAACAUGUGGGGUAUCUUCUGCAGGCACCCACAAAUAUAAAUACCGCCGAUAUGAUUACGGUAAAAAAAAAAAAAAAAAGUCAAUACCGCUAGCUUAAGUGUUUCUGGUUCAUUUUGAAUGCGUACAGUAUUUUUAGUCUGUCGGCAACUUGUAUCCUUGCUAACACAUUUUGCGAAAUGAUUAAUUUUACGCCUGUCGACCCAAGGAAAAAGACAGACGUGAAGACCUCGAGUUCUCAUAACAAAUUUCCCGGGUCCGAGGAGGCCCCUGAUUGCACUGGCUGGCCCCACGCCUCACGUGGAGGGGCUCCCUCCUCUCUCCCAGCUGCAGGUUCCAGACUCUGAGAGCAACAUCUGACGCGCACAGAAGCGAAACAGUUACCAGCAAUUAACGGGUAAACAGCCCCUGCGGUGUACAAGUCACCGUAACAAAAUGUAUAUUCAUAAACAAAAGACAAACAAACACAGGUAACAUGUAAGGUAUGGCCUCUACAGCUGGAGUAGAAUCAUCAGUUUUUGUGGGGAAGGAAGAUGACCUCAUACAGUCCAAAAGAAAAACGGCUGUUGUGCAUGGCAGGCAUGUGGUAGUUAUCUACCAUGAAGGAGAGUUCUAUGCCAUGGACAUGCACUGUUACCAUGCAGGGGGACCAUUACACCUUGGGGACAUUGAGGAGAUCAAUGGCAAGCUGUGCAUCGUGUGUCCGUGGCACAAGUACAAGAUCACUCUGGCUGAAGGAGAGGGUCUAUAUCAAAGCAUAAACCCACGGGCUCCCAAGUCCACAGCCAAGUGGUGCUCCAAAGGGGUGAAGCAGAGGACCCACUGUGUUCAUGUGAGAAACGGGGACGUGUACGUCACUCUCUCUGACCUGAGCGCUGGCAUAGACUCGGACUACUAUCAGUCUGAAGAAUAUAGGCAGACUCUGAAAAAAGCAUCAAAUACCUGACCCGAUGAACACGUUGCACCAACGCUGAUCACUGCAACUGCAAUGCAGACGAGAACGUUUGAGCCACUGCUGAGGCGCCCUUGCUCUGUGAACACCUCUUUGUUUUUUAAUCUUGUGUAGACAUUGUUCAUUAGUGUGUGUGAUAUAUUUUAUGUAUUUAAAAAAAAAAAAAUGGUAUUGCUCAAGCAGUGACAGCUUUUGAGCACCACUGCAGAAGACCUUUGACUGGGUUUGUUUAAGGUUGUUGUUUUUUUUUUUUCUUGGUAAUAAAAUUAGAUGAUUUUUUAAAUAAGAAA